AUGGCAGCAACAACAGAAAUUGAUUCACAAAAUGCUGACAAAUUAGAUCCAUCCUAUAUGUAUUCACAACUAUUCAAAGAAUUCAUGUUAGAAAUUAAUGAAGACGAUACAAAACCCUUAAAUGAUCUGGUUUCUUACUGCCGUAGCCAAGGCAUUUCUGAAACAGAAUUAAAGAACUUUCAACGUGAAUACCAUCAGAAGUCACCAAUCUGGUGUUAUACUUCUUCAGUUUCCAUUCGCAGCAUGCUCGAUCAGGCAUUACAGUGCUUGAACAUGGAGAUCAUGACAAAAAUGGGCUUUUUUAUUCGCAGUUUACAUCGACAAUUAGAACAACUGUAUAACGAACAAUCAAGUACACCUAUGAAACCAUUUAUCGUAUUCCGUGGUCAGGAAUAUUCCCAAACUAACUUUCAAGAAUUACUCACUAAGAAAGGUGGGAUUCUCUCAUUCAAUAACUUCUUGGUGACUAGUACACAAAAAGAAGUAGCUAUGGAAUACGUUCAACAUGCAUUGCAUGAACAUGAAGAUCAUGUGGGUGUUAUCUUUAUCAUGACAAUUGAUCCAAGUAAAGUAUCUAUUCCAACUGUUCCAUUCGCCCUCAUUGACAAACACAGUGCUAAUCCGCAACAACGCGAAAUCCUCUUCUCAACGCAUACGGUUUUUCGUGUUGAUGAAAUUAAACAGAUGGCCGGCAACAAUCGCCUAUGGGAAGUUCAAUUGACUCUCACAGCAGCCAAUGAUUCAGAAAUGGCUGCUCUUACUGAAGCCCUACGAGAGCAUAUCGACGGAACCGGAUGGAAUCGAAUUGCCCAACUAAUGCUUAAAGUAGGCCAAUUUGAUCUAGCUGAACAAAUUUACAACAAUUUACUCAACAAGUAA